UUGCUCUGUGUGAACACCUCUGCUCUGUAGAUAAGGCUUAUCUGUCUAUGUGUUGUAAGACAGCUCUCUGCAAACACUGGAGAUUUUUAAAUCAGCACAGUAAGCGCAGCAGGAGAGAAUGGGAGAAACUGAGGAGAGGAGCGACAGAGGUACGGAGGAAAGUCCGGAAAGGAUGAUGCCGUACCACCGAGCUCUGCCAGCAGAACCACAGAGCAAGCUUUACCUGGGCUGUCUGAACAAACCUCAGCUGAUCCUGAUCUCUGUGGCUGCUGGACUCGUCCCCCUGAUCAUAAUCAUUACUGUCGCAGCUGUGCUCGCCACAAAGUCAGAUUCCUCUACCGCUCUUCCCUCGUUUUCUACUGGUGGAGACAUGCUGGACUUCCUGCUUCAGUCAGGUGAUAUCAGCUCACCUGACGGCUUGAUGGCUACCUGGUACCACAGAGCUAACAGCAAGGAGGAAAUGAACAAAGCCCUCACAAGUGAUGCUAUGAUCCUGGAGGCUGACAUCACUCUGGAGGGUUAUGGAACAGCCAAUGAGAAUCCAAUCCCCAUCAUGGCCCACCCUCCUGACAUCUAUAGUGACAACACUCUGGACCAAUGGAUGGAUGCAGUGCUGGCCUCUAGAAAAGGCAUGAAGUUGGAUUUUAAGACUCUGAGAUCAGUGGGUUUGUCAUUGGACCUGCUCAGUCAAAAGUCAAAGAACAGUAGCAGAGGAAUCAACCGGCCCGUAUGGAUAAAUGCAGACAUCCUCCUGGGUCCCAACGCACCAGCCUUCCUGCCUACAGUCAAUGGAACCAGUUUUCUGCAGUUGGUUCAGGAAAAGUUUCCUAAUGUGACCUUGUCUCCUGGAUGGAAGGUAGCCUAUGGACCUCCACUUUUUGUUGAGACCUACACCGAGGCCAUGGUGAAGGACAUGUACGAUAUGAUCAAAGAUGUUCCCCAGAAGGUGACCUUCCCUGUCCAUGCUCUGUUGGGUCGCAGCGGCUGGCAGCACAUCAGCUGGCUCCUCAGCCAGUCGUCACGAUUCAGUCUGACGCUGUGGCAGGGCUCCAUCCGCCCAAACAUCAGUGACCUGCUGUUCAUCCGGGAGAACAGCCACCCUGCCAGAGUCUACUACGACAUCUAUGAACCAACUCUGUCUGCAUUCAAACAGGCAGCAAGCCAGCAGGGACUUCUCAGGAGAUUCUAUCCAGGAGGAGACCUGAUGGACUUCCUGUAUCCAAAUCACAACUCUGACCUCCUGUCCACGGCCCCACGGCGCAGCAGCCUGGACGUCCGCUGGGUCAGAGUCACUGACCGGACCUCCCUGCUGGAAACACUUUCAGGUGGUGAUGGGGGUAUGUUGGUGGUUCAGGUGGUCUCUGACAGUAAUCAACCUGGAGUCCCUCUGGUGGAAGGUUCUGGAAAGAGCUCGGAAGCCCUGACACUGGAGGACCUCCUGGAGCUGCUGGGCCAGAGAGCUGAGGCACCCUGGGGUGUUUACCUGCAAAUCCACUCUCAGCAGCUUCUGGAAGCUUCUCUCACAUGGCUGCACUCGGCCUACAGCCAGGAGAAGCUGUACAGGCCUGUGUGGGUCAGCAGGGAGGGUCCACUCAGCCCAGAUCACAACCAGGUGUUUGUGUCCACAGUAGAGAGGCUGUUCCCGUACGUCACGCUGGUCCUGAAGCAGCAGAACCUGCCUGCUGUGUCUCAGAGGGUGGCUCUGCAUGUGAACACAGCGUCACUGCAAACAGGGCUUAGAGCUUUCAGUCUCACGCUCCUACGUCUGAUGGACAUGACGGAUAGAUACGACCUUAUAGUGGAGGACGACACCCCGGCUUUAGAGGGCUUAAAAGAAUUUAUGAGUCGGCAUACACGGAGAGCAAAAACACAUCCGUAUCUGACAUCUGAUCAAUCCCAACUGAGGAGGGAUAUGACCAACCCACCAUUUUAGCACUUAAAGAGGCCCGUUUCUCAAGUUGACUGUCAACAACAGGCAGCACACAGAGGAGGAAGUCGUGGCAACCGGCUGGCAACACUGGAGCCCCAGAACUGCAGCCCCUUCACCUCAGAGUCUCUCGGAGUCAGAUUGACAGCCGAAGAGUUCACACAUUUUCAUGAGGAUGUGAUUACUUUGAUGAUUUCCUGCCUUUUCCUUAAACAUCAUCAUAACACUUUGAUUUUUGACC